AGCUUUCCGCCUGGCCUUGGCGCGAAAAGAACGGCCGGCCGGAGGCCGAGGGCUGGAGCCAUGCUGUGGCUGCUGCUGCUGGUGCCUGUGGCCCGCGCGCAGACUGCGAACGAUGUGGCGUUCAUGCGGAGUCAGCCAUUGGGGUGCUUCAGUCGAGGCUAUCACUUCACUCAGUACAUUCCCAACACCAACAUCAACACCACCAGCCUCAAGCUGUGCCAGGAGCACUGCCAGUACGUGCCGGGCUGUGCAAAGUUCACCUAUAAGGCCUUCUACGGAGAGUGUUGGUUCGCUGACGCGAACGCGGUGGAAGCACCGACGGGCUCUUCGUAUUUAAUCAUGGGCUACAAGACCUGCAGCCAGCAGGACAUGCAGAUGCCGGGUAGGUGUAGAACCGAGACGCCGGGCAACGGCUUCCCCGGCCAGACGGCGCAAGCCUCCGACUUGGCUUGGCCAGGCGGCAAGCAGCCCAGCAAUUUGGAGUGCUGGCCGAAAGAGUGGGACGGCGCACCGGCCCCCUGCAAGGAGGUGUCGGUCCUAGACGACACCAAGAACGGCUGGCCCGGGAAGUGCUCAGGUCUUGUUGAGAUCCCACAUGUGAACGGCACCGAGUGUGGUGAGAACUGCCGACAACAGUCGACCUGCCAGUCUUGGCAGAACACUGUCUACUACAGCUGCUGGCAAGGGCUGGGCAAGGACUGCUUUGUGAGGAGCAACUUUGUGCCGCGAGAGGCGCAGAGGCUGCAACAUGGCUCCGUGCGCGUGCUGAAGGACCUCACCGGCAUGCAGAUCGUGGGCCUUUGGAAGGGCUUUGACAACAGCGAGGGCUUUUUUGAGAACAGCGCGGAUGCUGUCCUCUUUUGCAAGCACAUGUGCUACUCAGACGUCCGAUGCCAGUACUGGACCUACGCCCCCAACUUUGGGUGCUGGCUAGAGGAUGCUGCUCAGGAGUACUCGCCGCCCUACCCGCUGACGCUGGACGCGGCGCGUCGGGACACAGACUACGCAAAGGACUGCGUGGCCGGCGAGUACAUCCAGCACUUUUGCGCCGACGCCGUCCAGCAGAGGCUGACGGAUAACCUGCCGAAGCUGACGGAUUGUGCUGAGCGAGGUUACCGAUAUGAGCCGCCUUCCAUGUUUCUGUCACCCAGGACGGUAGAGCCAAACUGGGAGUCCUGCAAAUCUCGGUGCGAGAUGACGCUCUUCUGCGAGCACUUUGUAUAUUGGCCCGAUGGCGGCUGCCAUACCUCUGGCUCCGACUCACGCCGGGUGGUUGCGGAGAACUUCGAGGUCAUCUCAGGACCCAUCAAUUGCGUCACGACCACGAUAUCACCUGCCGAGUCCUGGGUCCAAGCAGUUACCACCGCUUCUCCAGUAGGCAUGGACCAGCCCGGGGUGGCCGGCGCCGGGGCCGGCGUCGCCGGGGCUGGGGCCGUGGCCGGGGUCGGCAUUGGGGUAGCCGGCGCCCACGCCCCGGCGGAAACCGCCCACAUGGCGGAGAUCCAAAUCCCGCUGCACGGGCUGGAGGUGGGCCAGCUGUCGGCCCCAGAGAAGCAUUUGCUGGAGGGGCGGUAUGCAGCGGCUAUUGCUCAGACCCUUGACAUCCCCAUCACUGAGGUGAAAGAAGGUCCCGACUCCAACGCUCUCGACUCGCAGGUUCGGCUGACGCCCAUGGCCGGCGGGGCCGCACUCACGGCCUGGACGCUGAACAUGCCCCUCACUAGCUCGGAUACCUCACAGCUGGCGGCGAAGCUCAAGACGCCGGCGUUGGUGGAGAACCUCAAGGUGGCCACCACCCAGGCGACGCUGCCCGCCAGCGCCCUGCCAGGUCUCAACGUCGAGGUGGGCGAGCCUGAAGUGGGCAGUCGGGAACACCCGUUGAAGCCUUUCAAGGAGGAGCCGGGCUUCUGGUCCCAGUGGUGGCCUCUUCUGCUGGCCGUCGCCAUUGCUGCCUGCAUCGCAGGCUUCAUGUUCAUGCACUACCAAGCGAAUCAGUCAGACAAGUACUCGAGUGUGUCGAAGAAGGACAAGCGUUUGGUCAUGGACGGCCGGGGUGUGUCGCAAGACUCAGAGAUGAUGCUCAAAGACUUUGGCACGGAGAGCUCCCAAGGCUCAUACCAGCCCUCCUACCAGCAGAGCUCUAUGCCUCCGCCGCCGCCGCCGGCCUACUCCGGGGGCUACUCAGGCAGCACAGGCAUGCCGACUCCGAUGCCAUACCGGUCCCAGCCGGGCUACAACUACGCUUGAGGCUCGCGUGACGCGUGAGACACGCGCCCGCGCGGAGAUGGGGUCGUUGGCUGGAAGAUGGCCAAGACCGGCGCCUCGAAACGGGUUGCAUAUGGUCGAGUCACAAGUCGGUCUCAUGCUAGUUCCAGUGUUGCGACCCAAUGCAACCCUUGAGCAGAGUUGGAAUGGAACUUUUGCGCUCGGCACAGGCCGGAGCUUGUAGAUAGUUGGUCUUUCGGGCCAAGGUAUCACUAUGCCACAGGCAGCAGGUCUAGCCUGAACCGAAGAAGAUCAGAAAGAUUGCCAAGGCUUCAUGCUAAGACCCGCCCUUCAGGUCCGGU